CUGUAAAAAUGGCAACUUUUGGAAAAGGAAUCUUGAUGUUUAGGGCUAUUGCGAAAGCUCAGUCCAGUCGUUCCCCAUUAGUUUUGCAAGCAUCAGUACGAUGGCUUGUCCCCAAAAAUGGAUUUGCAACAAGUAGCGCCAGACAAGCAAUGGUGACGAUAUCAAAGGAUGAUCAAACAGGUGUAGCGACCUUGACACUUGAUAAGAAGCCUGUGAAUGCCCUUAGCUUAGAGCUCAUGACAGAGAUGAAUAUUGCUUAUGAUAAAUUAGAGGCUGACAACUCAGUCAGAGGAAUGAUCCUAACUUCGGCAAUUCCAAACUUCUUCAGUGGAGGUUUAGAUAUUACAGAAAUGUAUCAACCCAAGCGAGAAAGGCUUAGGGAAUUCUGGAGAGUCUUUCAAGGCAUCUGGGUGAAAUUGUAUGGGAGUAGAUUGAUCACUAUGGCAGCUCUAACAGGUCAUUGUCCUGCUGCUGGUUGUAUGUUUGCCAUGUGUUCAGACUUCAGUGUGAUGGCUAAAGGAAAAUAUGUGACAGGUCUGAAUGAAACUCGAUUGGGCAUUGUGGCUCCUUUUUGGCUUGUCGAUUCCCUGGUCAACACAGUUGGAACACAUGCUGCUGACCGGGCACUCCAAUUUGGUGAGCUGUACAAUGCGGACCAAGCGUUCAAGAUUGGAAUGGUUGAUGGAGCUGCUGAGAUGGAUCAGGUGUUACCAAUGGUGCAGGCGGAGAUGGCGGAAUGGCUAAAGAUACCAGAUGCAGCAAGGCAGAUCAGCAAGAUGGCCAUACGAAAAGAAACGCUCCAAAAAUUUAUGUCAAAACGUGAUCAGGAACUGGAAGAAGUGACAGAAUUUCUUAUGAAAGACUCAAUUCAGAAAAAUAUAGGGAAAUAUCUUGAGAAUUUGAAGAAGAAGAAGACAUAAAAGGGAAAGUUUUUAACAAAAGUUGUGCAUGUUGAUUGCUGUGGUGUGACUUUCAUUGGCCAGUGGACUGCGUGUCAAUGGAAACUCAAUCAUCCAAUGAAUUGAAAGACCCUGAAGUGGAAUUGGCAAUCGAGGAAGCAGUUGUUUAGGAUAGCAGUAGUUAUUUUCAACUGUCCUUAUGCCGCAUACUUCAGUAGUUUUACUACUUGAACUAUUGUCAAAAAUGUUUUUUUCAUUAAAAAGGCUUGCAUAGGAUUUAAAUAUGAAUCCACAUGGUCGAUAUAGUUUAAUUUUCGAGUCAAAUCAUGGUGGAUUUUUAAUCCUAUUGAAGUAGCAGUGUAUCAGCCAUCUCUACAUUGUAGUGCCCUCUUCUGUUGAUACCAUGUACGGUAUAACAAGCUUCUAAAAUAUUUCAAAAAACAGUUCAAAAUGAUGUAACAUCAGAUGUAGUUUAUUAUUAUAUUUUAUCGUUAUAUCA